CAAUGGCCACAACCAGAAGGUGCACAUGCACAUGGUGGACCUGAUGAGCUCCAUCAUCUGUGAGGGAGACACUGUAUCACAGGAGCUGUUGGACACAGUGUUGGUCAACCUGGUGCCAGCACACAAGAAUUUGAACAAACAAGCUUACGACCUGGCCAAAGCUUUGCUGAAGAGGACUGCUCAGGCUAUUGAGCCUUACAUCACUAAUUUCUUCAACCAGGUGCUGAUGCUGGGAAAGACCUCGGUCAGUGAUCUGUCCGAGCAUGUUUUUGACCUCAUCUUGGAGCUUUACAACAUCGACAGCCACCUGCUGCUUUCCGUGCUGCCUCAGCUAGAGUUUAAACUCAAG